GAGAAGACGACAGAAGGAUAAUAUAAAUUGCCCUAAAGCUUAUCCGCUCGGAGCCGUCUUCCAUAUUCAAAAUAUCGAGUAAUAAUAAAUCUAUAAAAAUCUGAUUUGGGAUGGAUGCCGUCUUCUUCUUCUCCGAUCUCUUGCGCGCGAGAAAAAGGGGCGAGCGUAUAGGAUGCUUAGAAGCUUCAAUGCGAGGCGAUCAUGGAGGGGGCUGCCACUUUCUUCUUUGAGACCUGGGCAGAAAUCGCCCGCACUUAGCUCGGCUGUGCUCCCCGAUGGCGUGGAUCGUAGCACGGAAGCCUUCGCUCGCAACGCCGCUAAUGCCGAGGGCUUACUCUCCCAGCUACGAUCACAUAUUCAGAAGGUCCUCGGUGGUGGGGGAGCCGAGGCUGUCAGAAGGAAUCGAAGCCGUAAUAAGCUAUUGCCUCGGGAGCGGAUUGAUCGAGUAAUCGACCCUGGUUCGUCUUUCUUGGAGUUGUCGCAGCUUGCAGGAUAUGAUCUUUAUGAAGAACCAUUACCAUCAGGUGGGAUAAUUACCGGAAUUGGACCCGUGCAAGGCCGCCUGUGUGUUUUUGUGGCUAAUGAUCCCACUGUGAAGGGUGGAACAUACUAUCCUAUUACUGUUAAAAAACAUUUAAGAGCUCAAGAAAUUGCAGCCCAGUGCAAACUGCCAUGCAUAUAUCUUGUUGAUAGUGGAGGAGCUAAUCUGCCAAGGCAAGCUGAUGUCUUUCCUGACCGUGAUAAUUUUGGAAGAAUAUUUUACAAUCAGGCUAAAAUGUCAGCUGAGGGGAUUCCCCAGAUUGCACUAGUUUUAGGUUCAUGCACUGCUGGAGGUGCUUAUAUACCUGCAAUGGCUGAUGAAAGUGUUAUUGUCAAAGGAAAUGGGACAAUUUUUUUAGCUGGCCCUCCACUUGUGAAGGCUGCUACAGGAGAAGAGGUCUCUGCUGAGGAUCUGGGUGGUGCGUCUAUGCACUGCAGAAUAUCAGGAGUUUCGGAUCACUUUGCACACGAUGAGCUUCAUGGCCUGGCUAUUGGCAGAAAUAUUUUGAAGAACUUGCAUAUGGCAGGGAAAGGGUUAAAUACAUCGCCUUAUGUUUCUUCUGACUACAAAGAGCCCUUGUAUGAUGCAAAUGAGCUUCGAUCAAUUGCACCAACCGAUCAAAAACAGCCAUUUGAUGUUAGAUCCAUAAUUGCUCGAAUUGCAGAUGGUAGUGAGUUUGAUGAAUUCAAAAAGUAUUAUGGCACUACCCUUGUAACAGGUUUUGCUAAAAUCUAUGGCCAGUCAGUAGGAAUUAUUGGAAACAAUGGAAUAUUAUUCAUUGAAUCUGCUUUAAAAGGAUCUCACUUCAUUGAGCUUUGUGCACAGCGUAACAUUCCUAUUAUAUUUCUUCAGAAUAUAACAGGGUUCAUGGUAGGAUCCAAAUCGGAGGCAGGUGGCAUUGCUAAAGCUGGAGCUAAAUCAUGUUCAAAGGUGCCAAAGAUAACCAUAAUAGUUGGUGGAAGUUUUGGUGCUGGAAAUUAUGGAAUGUGUGGACGUGCAUAUAGUCCUGAUUUCUUGUUUCUCUGGCCCACUGCCAAAAUAUCUGUUAUGGGUGGUGCUCAGGCAGCUGGCGUCCUUGCGCAGAUAGAAAAAAACAACAAGAAAAAGCAAGGAAUCAAGUGGAGCGAAGAAGAAGAAGAGAAUUUCAAAGCUAGUGUAGUGGAAGCCUAUGAAAGGGAAGGAAGCGCUUAUUACUCGACCUCGAGGCUCUGGGAUGAUGGCAUCAUUGAUCCAGCUGAUACCAGGAGGGUUUUAGGCUUGUGCUUGUCUGCUUCCAUCAAGCAUAGUCCUGAGGAUACCAAGUUUGGUGUCUUCAGGAUGUGAUGACAUUUUUCGAAUUCUUGUUGAAUAAGAACCAUGCUCAUGUGUUAUACAAUAUGCUUAUGAAAUCUAUGUUCUUGGAUGAAGAAGUUGCUGCUCCUUCGAGGUUAGUUGCUCCAACUUCAGGUUUUCUACUUUGCAAUUCUUUUGCAUAUUAAGACCUGAGCCUUUCUUUUGUGAUUAUGAGAAAGGAAGGAUUCUUGCCUCA